UCACAAUACAGUAGCAAGCUAGCAUCGACACCACAAAGCACCUCCUGCGCACCCAGCAGUUCAGAAAUAUCGUCUCAUGAAGCAAACAGACGUUGGUGGCGUUUGUUUGGUAUAGCAAGCUAGUUACGUCUGUAGCACUGAUAUAUUCAGUGUGGUUCGCGUAGAAGAAGAUUGAUUACUUGGAAGAAGAGAGAGUGAACGAGGAAAACAAACUGAGACCGUGGAGCAGGAGUCAGCUCGGCAGCAGGGAACCAAUCGGCUCGGGAUUGAUAUGGCAAUGUCCCUUAUUCAAGCCUGCCGCAGCCUGGCUCUGUCAACAUGGCUGCUCUCUUUCUGUUUUGUACAUUUGCUGUGCCUGGAUUUCACCGUCGCGGAGAAAGAGGAAUGGUACACCGCGUUUGUGAACAUUACCUACCUGGAUCCUGCGACUUCAGAGAUCAAAACAGAGAAGACCGAGUGCGGCCGCUAUGGCGAACAUUCACUGAAGCAGGAUGCCAAGGGGGUGGUGGUAAUGCCCUAUUUUUUGCACGACAGACAGGCUUGCGAUCCGAACACUAAAUUUGCGAUCCCCGCUAAUGCUAGCUUGUGGGUAGCUUUGAUAGCAAAGGGGAACUGCACUUACAGAGACAAAAUUCGCCAUGCCGCAAGCCAAAACGCUUCUGCGGUUGUCAUAUUUAACGUGGGCUCCAGCAAUGCCAACGAAACUAUCACAAUGCCCCAUCAAGGUGCCGGGGACAUCGUGGCCAUCAUGAUCCCAGAGCCCAAGGGCCGGGAGAUUGUGGCCCUGUUGGAGCGCAACGUUACCGUGACGAUGUACAUCACCAUCGGCACGCGCAACCUGCAGAAGUACGUGAGCCGCACCUCGGUGGUCUUCGUCUCCAUCUCCUUCAUCGUGCUGAUGAUCAUCUCGCUGGCCUGGCUGGUCUUCUACUACAUCCAGAGGUUCCGCUACGCUAACGCCCGCGACAGGAACCAGAGGCGUCUUGGAGACGCUGCCAAGAAAGCCAUCAGCAAACUGCAGGUUCGGACCAUCAGGAAAGGAGACAAGGAAACCGAGUCUGAUUUUGACAACUGCGCCGUGUGCAUCGAAGGCUACAAGCCCAACGACGUGGUGAGGAUCCUGCCCUGCAGACACCUCUUCCACAAAAUCUGCGUGGACCCCUGGCUGCUGGAUCACCGGACCUGUCCCAUGUGCAAGAUGAACAUCCUGAAGGCGCUGGGCAUCCCUCCCAACGCAGACUGCAUGGACGACAUUCCGCCGGACUAUGAGGAGUCCAUCGUGGGCCCGCCCACCAACGCGGUGACGGGCGCCAGUGACAUCACCGUGAACGAGAGCUCGCUGGUGCUGGACUCCGCCCUGCGCCUGGUGGCGCUCCCCCAGGUCUUCCCCGACCCCGACACCCUGGCCCAGGGAGGAGAGAGCCAUAAUAUGGACAUCAGUGAUCCCCAGCCUAUGGCGAGCAGCGAGUCCAGCAGCACCUCCCUCAUCCUGCCGGUGGAGGUGGGCCUGUCCGACGUGGAGCUGUCCUCGGACCACGCCCAGGAGGAGAUGAAGUCCUGAGCAGGCCAGGCCGGGGCGGGGCAGGGCGGGGCGGGGUGGGGCAGGGCGGGGCGGGGCAGGACAUCUCCCCGCCCGCCCGCCCGCCUGUCCGCCCGUGAGCGGGAGCGGGGUGGUGUACGUUACAGCAGAGCAGAGCGGUGUACUCCGCACAGGAACAGCAAUAGAAACAUGGCGCUAUAUUACCCUCCAUCAUGACCUCCGCUGCAGUCAGACCCCCGCUCUGUCCUCCACGGGGCUGCAGUGUGUCUCACCUCCUCCACGCCCCGCCCCAUUCCCCCCUCGUUCCCGAGCUCUCCUCCCCCGGCCACACGCCGCUGCUCAGGAGAGAAGCGGCUCAUCUGGCCCUCGAUGAGGAGCCGCAGCUCAGACUUUUGGGUGUCGUUGUUUAAAUCCCCUAGAAGGCAUGGAAGUGUAACCGUUUCAAUCGCUACGUCCCAAACGCCACUGCCAAAAUGUUCCAGUAUGAAACUCUAAUCUUUCUGUACACAGUGUUUGCUUUGAGUGCCUGUGUGAACCAGCAUCAGAAGAUCCCAGCUUCAGGGUCCCAGAGCGCUCCUGCAGGAGACCCACUCUUUCACCGGCGCUUUGUAGACUUUGAGCUUUUUCUUUACACGACUGUCCAAGAAUCCCUCAACCUCUGCUAAACAGUCUGCUUUCCUGUACAUUUCUGUUUCCUGUCAAAGAUACCAGGGAAUCCAAGUUAAAGUGCACCUUGUGAACUAUAACUUGUUCCUCCAUUUUAUUUUGAGAGAAGGGGAAGUUGGAGCUUCCUUUUAUUUAUUGUUUUUUGUUGGAGCCAAUCAGAAGCAUGCUGAUGGCCCUGUGCCCCAUGUUGGAGCCAAUCAGAAGCCAGCUGAUGGCCCCAUGCCCCAUGUUGGAGCCAAUCAGAAGCCUGCUGAUGGCCCCAUGCCCCAUGUUGGAGCCAAUCAGAAGCCUGCUGAUGGCCCUGUGCCCCAUGUUGGAGCCAAUCAGAAGCCAGCUGAUGGCCCCGUGCCCCAUGUUGGAGCCAAUCAGAAGCCUGCUGAUGGCCUUGUGCCCCAUGUUGGAGCCAAUCAGAAGCCUGCUGAUGGCCUUGUGCCCCAUGUUGGAGCCAAUCAGAAGCCUGCUGAUGGCCUUGUGCUCCAUGAUCCCUGCAUGGUCUGGGUGCCGUUCAGUCUCUGCUCCUGGGGUCUGUCCUGUUUUGCCACGCUCAGCAAAAAGGCACAUGGAGAAGGCGCGGUGAGUUGCUGAACAGAGCCGUCUGAUUGGCUGUCAGUCACACCACAUGCUGUGUGCAGUCGCCGUGUCACAGUUCCAAUCAUUGGUGUACCGGAGAAAUUUGCGAUUGUGAACUGAGAUGGGGGGGAUGGCGGUGGACUGGGGUGUGUGUUUAUGUGAAAAAUCAAAAACUGCAUGUGCCUAGGACACCCGAGACACAGCCAAUGGCUAUGAGGGACACCACUGCCCCCAAAAUCAAAGGAAAGACCCGCCCCCGCCCCCCCAACCCCCUCCCCUCAGCUCUAAGGAUCUCUCACCCCAAGGGGCUUGUGCCUGGGGGAAACGGUUGGGUGUAUUUUUGGGCUCUUGUAGACCUGAAUCAUUCCGAUUUAUUCCUUUCAAAUCAGGCGUUUUCCACAAAACAAGCGGAUCAAUAAGUAAAAUUAAAAUGGUCCAAUUUAGACAGCUGAACUUGGCAGGAAAGUCCUACAAAGAGGGUUUUUUUUUUUUUUUUUUUUUUUUUUUGCAUUUUAAGUUUGAGAAUUUCCAUGCAGGCUAAAGGGUCAGAUUUGUUUAGGAAAAAUGAGACGAGCGCUUCAGGUUUGGAGUUUGGCUGGGUACCCUCCACAUUCAAAUCAAAGUCAGGUGGUCCUGUGCUACCUGCCCAGAGUGGACUGACAGGCUCCGCCACCUGACUGUAAAAGGUUUAAGCGCCUCCCCUCUGAAGUCACAUGCAGAUGACACGCAUUUUAAAUAAGGAUCUCCCCUCCCCCCCCCCAUGUUUUUCUUUCAAGAGAACUGAUGGAAGCUGUGUUUUCCGACUGAUCUUCUCAAAUCAGCAUUAACUGAGCUCAGUCAUCUCUCCCCAAAUAAGCACUAACUUGUACAUUUUCUUGAUAUUUUAAGUUUGUAAUAUUUUUUCCUGACAAGGAAAAACAUUCAUGAUUAUGAACCAGUUCAUGACAGCAUGGUGAGCAUUUUGGUUAUAUGAUCUCCAUGGGUUGCAUUUGACGUGACGUGGUCCCAAUAAAUAUGUGCAGAAAUGUCCGAUCUCUGCAUGAACCAAGCUGUACGAGGCAGGAAUUGUAGUCAAAUGAACUUUAUUUUAGUAAGAGAAAAGAUUUAUUUUUCUAAAGAAGGAGAAAUAUUGUAUACAGUCACAUCGCAGUAUGGUGAAGUGAAUUAGUAUGUUUAGGGGUCAUCUAUAAAUGACGACUGUUUUGUAACACCACCCCCUCCCUCCAAAUUUUCUAUUUGCACGCAUUACCAAAGAUGAGUUUACAGUUCAAGGUCUGACAUAACUUGUUUUUUCCAGACAUUUCACCACGUGACACUAGCCAUUAAAGCAAUGUCAGCAUCCGACUACAACUGCAGUUCAAACAAACAAACGGUAAUGAUCUGACCCUACGUACAGUUAGACUACAAUGGAAAAUAUUGAUUUGUAAUUUGACCAUUUGAUAGAUGGUGCCUCAGUGUAGGAUGAUAUUGAUGUCACAGCAGAGCUGAAUCUGUUACCGUCGUUUAUUUUCCGAAAGUGGACGCGCAGAAAACCGGUGGAAUGCAUCGAACGUUUGAUGUUCAGCAAAACUAGUUGUCUGUGACAGCCUUUACCACAGCUCCUCGUGGCCUGAAGUUUGGUUGCUAGGGAACGCUUUUCCCUGACGAUGCGCUGAAAGUCGCAUUCUGCUAUGUUUCGCGUAAUUUCAUGCGAUAUUAAUUUGGACAUUUAUAGCAGAAUGUCUUCCCUUCUCAGAUCACGCUCCCCUAACAAAGCCUCAAACACGCUCUUUCAUCUGUAAACAAACAGACGAACUAGACCGGGGCAUGCUCCAUAAAAGUGAUUCAUGGCGUACGAACAUCUAAAUCACGAGCUUUUCUUCUUCUCUGUUAAACUGUGGGGCCUGUUCAUUGCCAUUUCAACUAGUUCAGCUUACACACACACACACGCGCGCGCACACACACAUACAUUAUUGCUUCUGAUGGUCCUUGCUGAAUGCACCUACCAAAGCUAGAACACAUUUCUCCAACAGUAUAUGUCUAUUCUCAUUUGAAAUAGUUUUUUUUUCACAUUUCACGUGUUUUGAUGUAGCGUACGUGCUACUUUUUGGUACAACCGCAAAUGUCUGUGACUGAGUGAUGAAGUUACACCAUUGGUCGGCCGAGUUAUGAAGUUACACCAUUGGUCGGUCGGUCCAGCCAUAUACUAGGUUUUGACCUGGUCUUGUUUAUUUGUGAAUGAUCAGCGGUGCCAGUGUUAACCGAAUGAAGCACGUUAGUACAGAGCUCUGAUACAGUUAGCCGGAUACAGCUCUGCUACAGUUAGCCGGAUACAGCUCUGAUACAGUUAGCCGGAUACAGCACUGUCCAGGUUAAAUCGCGUAAUAAGUGAGCGAGUGCGUUCGCCAGCUUUCGGUUCCGAGAUCCAGCCGCAGUCAAAGUGCCGUGACCAGAGACAGUUCCGCGGCCGUGACCUUGUUUGUUUACUUAAAGUCGGUCCCGAGGAGAUGUGCGUCUCUGCGCGAGCGCUGGCUGUCCUUGGAGGCCUCCGGUCUGACGUGGCUCACAUCCUGUGCAGAGUUCAUCAUCCUUGAGCGCCCAAACGCGGCUUCCUUCACUUAAAAUGGAGGAGACGUUUCUGUAUGGAGCAGCCUCGAGUCCCACGCUUAACCCCUCACCCCAUACUACCCUCCACUCACAGCGCUAAUGGAUCAGACAAGUAAACAUGCCUCUAAUAAAUCUCACCAUAUUAUAGCCAAGAGCUGCCAACAGAACUUCUGCCCAACAAAGCACAUAGUUAUUGAUACUCUCCUCUCCUUGUCCUUGCUGUAAGCUCCCUUUUCAAAUAUAAGCACAGCCCCAGUAUUGAUUUGUUCUUUUUAUUAUUAUUUUUGUUUGUGUGUUUCUUGGCUUCGUUUAUUAUUUUAUUUUAUCGUCCCUCUUUUUAUUGUAUCAGCCCACUGAAGUGAAUUUGGGGUUUUUAAAAUGAAAAAUGUUUUUCAAGGUGGAUAUAUCUUACCACUAAGGAUGUACGUUUAUAUUUUUCUGCGAUUUGGUGGCUCCCUAUAAGUUAGCUGUGUAUGAUAUUCUAAAGGACAGGUUAAGGUAGAUUGAAAAUGUUUUUCGUGUAUUCAAAAAAGCUAGAGAAGUUCCAAUGAGCUGAAUUCAUUAUAAAGGUUCUUGGAGUGUUUGUAGGAGACUGUGUGAUAUAUGGCCGUUCCUACAAAUGCCAAGCAACUGGUGAAGGUGUUCGUGUCCCAUUGAGCCUUCAGCAUCUUACCAUGGCUUCUGUAUCCUGUUUGUCAGAGAGAAGAAGAAAGACAAAACUCCGGUCUGUUUAUCUAUAGAUUCCUCCAAAGUCCGGGAGCUUGUGCCAGCAGCGCUAAUGUAGCGCGGUACUCGUUGGAUGAGCAGUGUUUGUGGUGUUCAGGCUAGCUGUGCCGAAGCUGUGCUGUUUGUUCCUGUAGUCGUUUGAGGCGCGAGAGAUUCGUUAGGCGGAGUCGACAAGAAACCCUAAUGCAAGGGUUUGGCAUUGAUUCUUGGGCAAAUGCAGCCAUUAAACUCUGAUGAGAUAUUGCACGUUCCUGGGUGGGCUGGUAGUCGUUUGAGCGAGAGCAGAUGAUGCUCAUUUGCGUUGCCGGAGGUACUUAGGCCUGGUCCUGGAGGCCUGCAGUGUGUGCAUGCUCUCAUUCCAGCCCUGGCACUUAGCCGUCUGCUCCGGCUGGUCAUGGGCCUGAAGCUCUGUAGAAUGAGUGGACUUUACGGGGAAAUGGGGCCUGGGGGAUGGGCACCCAGCUCUUAAACUGCAGGCCCCUGGCCAUCAUUGGUUUCUUGUCGCCAUAGUUCAGUCCACCGUUUCUCUGCACACAUGGUCGACCGGGUUUGAUAACAUUUGUAUGUUUGUUACUGAUGCUCUCUGGCAUAUGUCAUCUGUAUUGAUAGACCGCUGAUUUUAUUUGUUUUUGUAUGAACCAAGAGAAGGUUUGACUUUGUACAGAUUUGCACAGGUCAUGCUAACUCCCCCUUUUCCGUCAGACUUCUCUGUCAGCGCAGCUCUUUCAACAAGUUGUGUCCAUUUCGUAAUGAUGGUAGAGAGAAUGUCCGCCAGGGGCCGUGCAGCCGAGGAAGAUGGGUAAUGCCGUGGGUUACAGCGCAUGAGUGAUGUCACUGAUGAACAGUACUUUUAAGCUGUGUUGUCUUGCUGUGCCCAACAUCUAUGUUCCUCAUUUUGUACAACCCAAGCUGAUUUACGUAUGUAAGCCAAAUCACACUUGGGAAAGUAAGUAGUGCUCAUUUAAGCAGAUAUUUACAAAUAUAUAAUUUAGUAAAAAAAAAAACUAAAAAAAAACUGGUUAUUUAAGUGGAAGAUGUUUUUUAAGUGACAUUGAUGUUGGAUAAUUAAGUAUUUCAUCUGCUGCUAGACAAACACUCGGCUCAACAAACACUCGUGUGCUUGGAUGUCCUCCUGAGGUGUAUGUUCGUCCCCAGCUUGUUUUCGUGACAUUAAAUUAUUUCAUUUCUUAAAGGAAAAGAUGCCUCUUCUGCCUGUUUGUUACACUUUUCUUUUUCAUUCUUUUUUUAAACAGGUUGCACACACCUUCCCAUAAUGCACUUUAAACCCUGAGAGAGGGGAAAGCAGACAAAAAAAAUAGAAGCUAAAAAUGAGAGUAAUUUUUGCAGGUGUGGCUGUGUUAAAGGGAGCUGGCUUCGGAGUGUGUGAUGGCUCCUUGUUCUACAGUUGCCUCUCAGCUAACACCUCCUCACCACGUUGCUUCAAACUGUAGCAACUUUAUUUAAUUCCUUGCGACGUGACAGCGACGUGAGCGCAGCGUCGUGAGGACGUUGUGUUUGCUGGGUCUUUGGCGGGUGCAGAGAGCCUGUCCUGUGUUUAUCCAAACCGAGUCCUUGGUAGGGGGGUUGUUACUAAUGUUAAUGUUGAAUAUACCAUCCAGCAGAGUUAUAUUGCUAUUUUGUUACAUAGGAGAACAUGUAAAUAAUGUGCAGCCGUGUUGAUCUACUGUUAUAGUAAAAUGUUGCACGUGUAUGACUCAGAAAAAAAAAAAAUGACUGUGAGUUACAAUAAAUUUUAUUGCAAGUUUUUCA